UGUUGUUCAAAGGAAUCCAGACUGCGAGGCUUUCGUAGAUUGUGACACAGACCACGAGCAGCUCAGGGACCUGACUCAGCUGCUAAUGAAGCAUGCUCAUAUAGCUGAAAUUUCUUCAUUUGACAAAUCCACUCUUCCUAAUGAAGAUGUGGUUGGUGUGCCCUGGUUCCCUAAGAAGAUCUCUGACUUGGAUUUGUGUGCUAACAAGGUUUUGAUGUACGGCUCUGAAUUAGAUGCAGAUCAUCCGGGAUUUAAAGACAACAUAUAUCGUAAAAGAAGAAAAUAUUUUGCUGACUUGGCCAUGAACUACAAACACGGCCAUCCUAUUCCCCGUGUAGACUACACAGCAGAGGAGGUGCGUACCUGGGGAAUUGUUUUCAGGGAGCUCAACAAACUGUACCCGAGCCGUGCCUGCAAAGAGUAUCUGAAGAACCUCCCUCUGCUGACCAAAUACUGCAAAUACAGUGAAGACAACAUCCCCCAGCUCGAAGAUGUCUGUCACUUCCUGAAAGAGCGCUCAGGCUUCGUUAUUCGACCGGUAGCAGGAUACCUCUCCCCUAGAGACUUUCUAGCAGGCUUGGCCCUCAGGGUUUUCCACUGCACCCAGUAUGUCCGCCAUAGCUCAGAGCCUUUCUACACACCUGAACCAGACACAUGUCACGAGUUGCUGGGUCAUGUUCCUCUUCUUGCUGAGCCCAGCUUCGCCCAGUUCUCUCAGGAGAUUGGUUUAGCAUCGCUUGGUGCCUCAGAUGAGGCCAUACAAAAACUUGCCACGUGUUAUUUCUUCACAGUGGAGUUUGGCCUGUGUAAACAGGAUGGCAGGCUUAAAGCCUAUGGAGCUGGACUCCUCUCCUCCAGCACUGAACUCAAGCAUGCUUUGUCUGACAAAGCCAAUGUCCUUCCAUUUGACCCCAUGGUGACCUGUAAGCAGGAGUGCCUGAUUACCACCUUCCAAGACGUUUACUUUGUUGCUGAAAGUUUUGAGGAAGCCAAGAACAAAAUGAGGGAGUUUUCUAAGACUCUUCGGCUUCCAUUCACAGUUCGCUACGACCCUUACACCCAGAGUGUGGACGUCCUGAAGGACAUCACAAACACAAAAAGCACUGUGAUAGACAUCCACCAUGAGCCGGAUAAUGCGGAAGACAAGGAACUGCAUCAAAAACAUCUGAGCUAAAUGGGUGGCGGGCUAGUGUGUGGUGGUGGUCUCCCAGUGUAUGUCUGUACCCAUAAAUGUCAGCACAGUCAGAAUAUCCUGGUAUUGACUGACACAGAUUUAUGUGUCAGAAUUAAAAAAAAGAAAAAAAGUAGUAAAUAGUAAAUGAUAUAGUUACAACAACAAUUAAACUUAUUUUGGUCAAUGAGCAACAAGAGGGUAAGGGUGCUGUACACAGUCACAGUUCUGAAGGGGUGAUGGUCCUGACUGCUGCUAAUGGCUUCACAGAUGUGUAUAUCACACACUGAAAACCUAGCAUUGGUUUAAUGUAAUGAUGUGGCAGUGAUCAUCAUUACAAUUUCUUGAUAUUUUCUUGAUGCAGUGCUAAGUGAUACUGUCUUAUUUCAUUGGGUAAUUCACUGUUGUUACAGUAACUGUUAAUUAUAUAACCAAGUGAUACAUUCAUAUAUAACAUUCACAGUGGACGGCUAGUGUCUGAUGUUACCAAUUAACACUGUAAUGAAGUAUCAUUUAUGUCAUUGCUGACUGCUACUGUCUUGUUUGUGCCUUUCGUCUGUUAAUGGAGCACCAUGACAUGUUGACAACACACACACACUGGAUAUCAGUCUAGUAGGAACAUUAUCUGCAAGUGAUAUUUUCUCCACAAAUGCACAACAGACCUUUGAGGCACAAGUGUCACCAUGUGAGCUUACACUGUGGAGAGGAACAGGAAGAUGCACACACAAUAUUUGCAUUUGCAGACACCAUUUCCUGCACUUAGUGCUCUUCACACCACAGCCCAUAGUAGGGCUGUUUGUUCACUCUGUAACAGACAAGUUUGGCUGUAGUUCAGAACUCUUCUGGCAAAAAUGUCAUGGUGUACUGCAGACACAGGGGGCAUGUCUGAUAGCAUACCAGGAUGCAAUUGGGCAAACAUGCAUCAUUUUGGAAUCAUUUCAUCCUUGUUGCUGUUGUUAGUUGUGUUAUGGCAUAUGUGACCUGCAUUGUGUCCACCGCUGUUAAUGUGUCGUUGUAAAAUGGAUCAGUACAAGUAAAUGCUUACGCUGUA